AGUAUUUUUUUAAUGCGAUAAUUAAAAAAUAAUUCUCUUCCACCUUACUCUCUCCUCUCUCUAUCUUCCUCUAUCGUCACUGUUCCGUCAAUAACCGUCGCCGCAGCGGCGUCCUCAAUCUCAAAGGCGGCAACAGAUUGAACGCCGUCGCCAAUCGAAGCAACGCGCAGGGAUCCGAUCAGAUUAAGCGGCUGCUGAGGCGGAGACGAGAGGAAUUUUGGAGGGAUACGAGGAGUUGAAUGUAGAUGAGAGGGUUCAUCUCAUACCCCAAAACUUCAUUCUCAAUCAUUCAAAGAGAUAAAUUGAAAAAUAGCCUUGAUUGGAAUUGAAACAAAUUUCAGAUGCUGUGAUGGUUUGAUCUUGUCGUUUUUUAGGAUUAAUACACAUUACUCUUGCAACAAUAAACAUUUCCCCAUUUCGGCCUCUUAAGAUUUGUUAGAGGGAAGAAUAAGGAACUAAUUAGGUGAAUUCCUUCCAUUAAUUAGGAAUAAAGGUCAUACCUUUGAAGCAAAAGCAGAAAAUUUGAAUUGGAAGAGAAAUUGAAGAGAGAUUGAUCACAUGGGUUAUCUGAACGCAGUAUUGUCACAGUCUACAAGCCAAGUCCACGUUGAUAACGCUCCGGUCAGCGGGGGUGGCCUUAGUCAGAAUGGAAAGUUCAGCUAUGGAUAUGCAAGUUCUCCGGGUAAAAGAUCUUCAAUGGAGGAUUUCUACGAGACAAGGAUUGAUGGUGUUGAUGGAGAGGUGGUUGGUCUCUUCGGAGUUUUUGAUGGUCACGGGGGAGCUCGAGCUGCAGAAUAUGUCAAACAAAACCUUUUCAGCAACCUGAUAAGGCAUCCAAAAUUUAUUUCUGAUACUAAAUCAGCUAUAUCCGAUGCCUACAGUCAUACAGAUUCGGAAUUCCUGAAAUCUGAGAACAAUCAGAACAGGGAUGCUGGAUCUACUGCUUCCACUGCAAUCCUCGUUGGCGACCGCCUACUGGUGGCAAAUGUUGGAGAUUCAAGAGCCGUCAUUUGCAGGGGUGGUCAUGCUUUUGCUGUCUCUCGAGAUCACAAACCAGACCAAACAGACGAGAGACAACGGAUUGAACAGGCUGGUGGCUUUGUGAUGUGGGCUGGAACUUGGAGAGUUGGAGGAGUGCUUGCAGUAUCUCGUGCAUUCGGUGAUAGACUACUGAAGCAGUAUGUGGUUGCUGACCCAGAUAUCCAGGAGGAAAAAGUUGAUGACACCCUCGAGUUUCUCAUCCUUGCAAGUGAUGGGCUUUGGGAUGUGGUGACGAAUGAGGAAGCUGUUUCUAUGAUUAAACCGAUCCCAGAUCCCGAAGAUGCAGCAAAGAGGCUGAUGCAAGAAGCUAAUCAGAGAGGGAGUGGUGAUAACAUCACCAUUGUAGUUGUUCGGUUUCUGGCUGCCAAAGAGGAAUCAUCUCAUACCGCUCAACGAGACUGAUUCUGUGAUCCGUGUUUUCGUGUGGGAACGAGACAGAGAAGAAAACAGCAAUAGGAAGCUUGUGCUGCAGCACUGAACUGUAAAAAAAGUAGAGACCAGUCUUUGCUAAUGAUGCACUGCUUAAGGAGACUCGUUACAAACUUACAAGAACUAAGAAUGUCAGUAACUUUUGAGUUAUUUAUAUUAUUACAUGAAAUCUGGGAUUAUUUACCAGUGAUUCUAGGCUGUAACUUAAGAUUUCCAACAUAUUGGACAUUAUAUGAAAUGUGUGUUGAUGACUGAUGA